UUUUAGAAUUGCAAAUACAGCAAUGUCCUUGUCGACGGCGUGUUUAUUACUGAUGGCAUGCAGCGCGCUCGUGAAAGCUUCCUUCAUAACUAAGGACAUGUGUUCGUGUGAUCAAUUCUGCACCAGUGUUGCUCCAAAUAACGCUAUUUGCAAAAAGGAUUGCAAGUUUGGAGAAAAGGACACAGUGUAUAUUCGCAAAGAUGCAAGAGGUGUCUACAAAGCCUACAGAUUUACCAUUCCCCUAAGAGGAUUCAGACUUCCUUGCAUUGUAUAGAUUCGUUCUGGAAUAAAGUUUGGCAACAUGU